UGCAGCCAAUCGGCGCGGGGCUGCGCUGCACCCUGAGCCCAGAGCGAGAGGUGAGGCGCUGCGUGUGCGGAGCUGUCCACUCCGCUGUGGUGCUGAAGGCAGGAUAACAGUGUACACUCUGACCGAGGGAACAUAUCUCUGCGAACGGAAUACGUCCAUCUGCUAACUUCGCUUACGGAUUUGUGCAUGACAAGGACUUCGUGUUGAAAAAGGAAACAGGGUUCACACACACACACACAUCACGCUUCAGCUGCACACUCUUUUUUUCCUCGAGAUUCCGUCCGAUGACCUGUACUCGGACACCCAGGAAAGAGCCAAUGAGAGGCUCCGGAAGUUACUGGAUGGCCAUCCUGCUCUUCGGCAGCAUCCUUGCUGCAGAGGCACGGCCCAGCACGGAUACACUCACUCCUCCGGACUAUCGACCGCUUGUUAGAUUCCGACACAAGCAGGAUGGGAUCCCAGAGAGUUUGCGGAUUAAGGGGUUGUUUGGUCAUAACAGCUUCCCAAAUGCCUGUGAGCAUAAGUACUGUGGUCUGGGGAAGCACUGUGUGGUGGACCAUGUGACCGGUCAGGGAGAGUGCCAGUGUCUGGAGCACUGCAAGCCGCACUACAAACCUGUAUGUGGAUCUAAUGGGAAACUCUACCAGAACCACUGUGAGCUGCACCGAGCCUCAUGUCUGGCCCGUCAAAGAAUCACCAUUGUGCACAGCGAAGAAUGCUUCUACAAAGAUGAUAACUGUCGUCUAGUCGAUUACAAGAAACUGAAGGGCAAGGUGUUGAACCUUCAUGCUCUUCGCUUCCUACCACCAGGAGCCCAAGACAGCUAUGAGAAGGACAUGGGGUCCAGGAAGCAUGUAGUGGACCUGAUGUUCAAGCGCUUUGAUGCUGAUGGGAGCGGCCAAGUGGACAGCAGUGAGCUUUCACAGGUCAUCAAACAAGAAGGUUUGAGAAACACAGCAUCAGAGUGCACGCUGUUUGACCUGCUCAAAUACAACGAUAUGGACGAUGAUGAGCACCUGACGAAGGACGAGUUCUACUCUGCUUUUGACGUAUAUGAGCUGAGCCUCGCUGAGGAGCAGAAGCUGAUCAUCACCACAGUCACUGUGGGUCAGAGCGUCGUGCUGACAUGCGCCAUCACGGGCGAGAGGCGACCGCCAAUCAUCUGGAGACGCAAUAACCACACGCUCAACACAUUACAGCUGGAGGAUAUCAGUGAUUUUGGCGAUGAUGGAAGUCUGUACAUCACCAAGGUGACCACUACUCACAUGGGGAACUACUCCUGCCAUGCUGACGGAUAUGAGCAGCUUUUCCAGACACACACCUUGCAGGUGAAUGUUCCUCCUGUUAUCCGGGUGUAUCCAGAGAGUCAGGCACGUGAACCCGGAGUCACGGCCAGCCUGAGGUGUCACGCAGAAGGGAUUCCUGAUCCACAGCUGUCCUGGCUGAAGAACGGCAUGGACAUUUCUACUAAACUGUCCAAACAGCUCACACUACAAGCUAAUGGGAGCGAAGUGCACAUCAGUAAUGUUCACUUCGAGGACACCGGAGCGUACACCUGCAUCGCCCGUAACGAAGCCGGUGUGGAUGAGGACAUCUCGUCUCUGUUUGUAGAGGAUUCUGCACGCAAGUCAUUGGCAAACAUUCUGUGGAGAGAGGAAGGUCUGGGGAUUGGGAAUAUGUUUUAUGUUUUUUAUGAGGACGGCAUCAAAGUGAUCCAGCCAGUGGCCUGUGAGAUCCAGAGACACAUCAAACCCAGCGAGAAGCUCCUGAGCCUGCAGGAGGAAGUUUGCCCAAAAAUAGAGGGAGAAGAGGAGCAGAAGUGUGUCUGGGCUUCAGCUGUGAACGUGAAGGAUAAGUUUAUAUACGUCACCCAGCCAAUGCUGAACAGAGUGCUCAUCGUGGAUAUUCAAACCCAGAAGGCUGUUCAGACUGUGAGCACAGACCGAGUCCCAGUGAAGCUCCAUUAUGAUAAGUCACAUGACCAAGUGUGGGUUCUAAGCUGGGGGGAUCUGGAGAAGAACUUUCCGACACUCCAGGUGAUCAAGCAGGCUAGUGGUGGUACGUCCCACCACACCAUCCACACCCCACCAGUGGGCCACCGCUUUGACCGUGUGGAAGACUUCUUCAUCCCUCCAUCAAGCCUCAUCAUUAACCAUAUCAGGUUCGGAAUGGUCCUCCAUAAGAAGGAGCCAGCACUGCAUAAGAUAGACCUGGAGACCACCUCUUAUGUGAAGAACAUCAGCUUGCAUGAGUAUGACUGCAUUCCACAGUCCCUGGCCUACACCCACUUGGGGGGUUACUACUUCAUCAACUGCCUUCCAGAUUCAACCGGUGCUGUGCGUCCUCAGCUUAUCGUUGAUAGUGUAACAGACAAUGUAAUUGGGCCUAAUGGUGAUGUUAGCGGUACUCCUUAUGUCUCACCUGAUGGCCACUACCUAGUGAGUGUGGAUGAUCAGAAUGGCAUGAUGCGCCUGCAGUCCAUUUCAGUGCGUGCCGAAAUCGGACGACCCUUCGACAUCCACACCAACCUGCAUCUCUCAGACCUGGCCUUUAUGCCCUCGUUCACUGAGAUCCACCAGUACAACGUGUUCGGUAGCUCGGGCCAGCAGACAGAUGCCCUGUACGUAGAGCUCAGCACUGGCAAUGUCAAAAUGAUCAAGAGCCUGAAGCUGCCCACACCAUGGAGUCAGUGGCGCUGGAACCGCAAGAACCGUGUUAUGACAUCGAGCGGCCUCUUCGGACAGUACCUCAUGAGCCCCUCACAGAGUUCGCUGUUCAUUCUGGACGGAUGGCUAGACAAGCUCAACUGCGAAAUCACUGAUGUACCAAAGGGGAACACUGUGGUGUGGGUUGGGGAGGCCUAGGCUAUCGAAAGAGGCUUUUGUGUCAAAACCAACAAAUACAAUUGCACUGAAUUUGGUCUGUGUUUAAUUUAUUGAGAGAGAAACUCAAGUAAUAUGAAAAAAAUACAAAUUGACUGUUCUAAAACACUGUAUCGGGUAAGGGAACUUUAUUCAAAAGUAGAGUGGCAUAUGCUUGUUUUUGUAUGCACUGGGUAUGUGAAAUAGCUCACUAUUAGUUACGCCUUAAUUAGAUCAAAUUAGCCCUAGCAUCUAAAGGAAUUUAUUACAAGAGCGUUUCAUUUUCAGGCACAAUGAUAGCUAUAAAUAUAUUCACCCAAUCAAUUUGAAUUAUAGCAUAAUCAUUAUAUUUCCUGGAAAAAUUUACAUCGAGGCAAAUAUAUGUUUAUUUUAAACACUUGAUACUAUUUUCUCUUCCUAUCCCCUCUAGUCCUGUCCUUAAAACACAAUCACAUGCAUGUUUGGGCCCACGAUAUUGCCUGUGCCUUGUACUCAUGCAAAUAGAAAAAUAAAAAAAAAAUCAAAGUAACAGCUCCCUUUCAGACAGUGGAUAACAACCUCCGUGAAUUUCCUGCACAGAGAGAAAAAGGCCAAUAACAUUAAAUUCCAUUUCAAACCUUUAAACCCCUCAGCCCUUAAUUAAAAUGGCCACUCACUGCGAGACGUCAAACCUGAGACAUCCGUUCUAAAAUCAGCAUGACAGAUUUAAAUCUCUAAAUUAAGAUUUUAGACAUCAUAGGGGCUCGGUGAAGAAUGUGCAAUUUCAGGUUUUAAGCUACAUCACGGGCCAUUUUGGAUUUAAAAAGGCGCAAGAAAGAAAAUCCCUUAAUACUGGUUAGGCUAGUGAAUCAUUUAUUUAUAUCACUGGCUCAUAGAAAAGAUAGAUGAUUAUUUCUUGGCAGAAUGUAAUGUGUUUGCCAAGUUUAGGGACAAGCAACGAAAAUAACAGCUGUUUUGCAAACUGGAGCUUUGGAGUUGGUUUUCAAUAAAUUCUACAGUGUGUAAUUUGGUGUAGUGUGUUUGGUUAGAUGAGCUUUGGGUGCAUUUAAGUGGAGAUUUGACAGAUUUAACAGAUCCUUAAGAUGAGCAGAUAAACAUCCUUAGUGUAGUGAAGAGGAAGCACAAAGAUGUGUGCACAUGAUGUUGAAUUUUCUCCUCGAUGGCCAGAGUCUAUGCAUUUUCACUGACACUCAAACCAGGAGGCUGUGCUUGGCUUGAGCUUUCGUCACAUUAUUGCGUUUAUUCUACGUGUUCUUGAGUAAUUGGACUUUUUUUCUCCCUGUGUAUUUAAGCUUAAAUCUUUUUUCUCAGAUUUGGUUUAAGGGCGUUUUCACACUUGGUUUUGGGCUUGUUUGGGGAAGGUGCUUUUCACACAGAAUUCCUUCCUAACUGUGGAUCGAUUGCGCAGUUCCAUCCAUCACUUUUGUGCACGCAGGUUUGCAAAAUGGUAGGCACUAGGUUCAUCUGGUUGCUGUUUUGUUUUUAGUAUUUUCCUUUGGUAUCUACAUUUAAGCAGCAAAGAACAGCACUUUUUGGCUGCAUGGUUUGUUGUCAUGCUGGAAUACCUGCAAACAUGGAGCCAUUUCUAUAACAACCACAACAACCCUUUCCCCUUCCAUCACCAAACUUGAAACAGGAAGUAACAUGACAAGUUGACCCAGGUUACUCGGCGUGCGGAUUCGAGAGCGGUUAGCUUCCGUACCUGAUGUGGACCACACCACAGUUUGGUGGAAGCGAAGCCCAGACUACCAUUUUCAACAGGACCAGGGAUCAGUUCUCCAUCUCGAAAACAGCUUUCACACUCCACCAAAAAUGCAAGCGUGAAAACGACCUAAAAGAAUAUCAGGCCACUCUGUUAACCUCAUUUUUUUAAUUUUACACCAACAGAUUCCUCUCUGUGGCUUAGUUUUUGCGUUCUGUACAUAGCAGAAAGGUGUAUGUGCCGUAGUUUCGCUAAAAUCAUCCUCAUACGCUUCAGAUAACUGAACUCCCCACUCCUCUUUUUUAAAACAAGAUAACACUUACUGCAUUGUUCUUUGUUCCACAAAUAAGCGAGUACAUUUUCUGAUGUCCUAUCCAGACGUUUCAGCUCCAUGUAGCCAUGUAUAUUGAUUUGUGUGCUUGUUAUUUAUGUAGAUAAAUCAUGCUUGACACUUUACCAGCUAAAUAAAGCCUAUAACUUUAAAACCUUUUUCCAACUCUCUUUUUCCCCUCUAUGACUUCAAAUAA